AUGUUUGGGGGCGGCCACCAACAAGAGAGCCUGCGCGACGCCCAGCGGAAGCGCCAAAACGAGUACUCGCAGGCGCUCGCCGAGCAAGUGCGGGCGCAGGAAGCCAAGAAGAAGGCGGAGCGCGACGCGCUGCGGUACGCCCGCGAGCCAGAGGAAGCGACCAACGGCGGCCUCUUUGCCGGCUUUGGCAACAACCACGCGUACGGCAAAAACCACGCGCGUGGCCACCACGUCGAGAAGAUGGUUGCGGCAACCAAGGCGCCGCCGCCAAUGGAAGCCCCGCCUGACAUGCCACAGGCGCCGGGACAUGGGCCGCCAGGAGGGUUCUAUGCCCCGCCAGUGCACGACCACGCCCCUUUUCACGAGCAGCACCAGCAGGGUCCGCCACCAGGACAACCAUAUCAGCAGCAACAUCAUUUUCAGCCAGUUCCAGGGCAUCACCACAGCCAACCGCCGCAGUACUCGCAUCAGCAACAGCUCUACCCCCCGACGAUGGCCCACCCUCAUGUACCUCCCGACCCGCACGACUACCGGGGUGGCCGUCAUGCGUACGAGCAGGACUCGCACUACCAGCAUAUGACGUCGCCCCGGCAUGGGGGCGACUACGAACACGGAGCCAUGCCACUGCCGCACCCGCCGCCGAUGCAGCCUCAGAGCUCGAGCCCACCGCCGCCAUCGCACGUUGCGGCGCCGCCAGGCACGUCGCACGGUCGGCGUCACAUGCUCCAAACGAAUCCCAAUAUGGACGCGAAGAAGGCGCAGCAAGCUCAGGCGCAAGCCUCGUUGCAGCAGCAGAUGGAAGACAACAAGCGGCGCAAGGCCGAAGAGAAGCGCAAGAAAGACGAAGAGGACCGGGCCGAGCUCCAGCGCAUCGAAAAAGAGCUCCAGCGCCAAGCCGAGCAGUACGAGCUAGAGAAGCAAGCCAAGGCGAAAGACCAGCGGCUCAAACAGCAAGUUCUCGAGCAAGAUCUCAAGGCGCGCCAGGACGCUACCAAGCCACCUAGUGUACACGAACAAGCGCAACAUGAAGAGCCACCACAAGUGCAUCGCGAGCUACCGUUCGAACGCCCGUUCUCGCCGCAAGACAACCACUGGCAGCAACCACAACCCAUGGACCAGCGCGGACCCUCGCCAUUCGGGCAGCACGGAGGACCCGCUCCGUGGCAGCAGCAUCAGCCGCAACAGCACCAACCAAUGGCGUGGCACUCACAGCACCAGCCAUACUCGGACCAUGCACCGUCGUGGGGCCCCCCGCACGCAUCGCAUCCUGGCGCGUUUGAGCACCCCCAUUCCGCCCCUUUUUUGCAGCCGUCACCGUCGAUGCCAAGCUUGAUGGAUGAGCGCUUACACUACUUGACGCUGGAGCUGAGCCGGCAACGCGCACUUGUGGAGCAACUCGUGUACCAGAAAGCGCCGCCGCUGCCCGCGCCUGUUCCAACAGUUAAUGACCUCGAGCGCCUCCGCAUGGAAAUGCAAGCCGAACUCGACCGACGCGACAUGUUGCACCAGCAAGAACUCAACCGGCUUCGACAAGAGCACAGCGUGCGUGCACCGGUGUAUGAAGGCAGUCCCCGGCGUAAACCGCUCACUGUGUCGUUCCCUCAUGAGCCUACAUUGGCUGAAUCGCGAAUGUCCCUACCACCGAGCCCCGGGCGACCCACGGUAGCGCCCAGCCCGACGGAGAAAGCAUUCCCAGGCAACGGAGGGGCCUACCACAUGCAAUCGCACACUGAGCUGACGCACCAGCCAUCGGCGAAGGCGCUACGCCGGGCGCCAACGGCAGUGUCGCGGGAGAUGUCGCCGCGUCGGUCCAUUCCGAUUCGCGCACCGCCGAGCUCACCACCACGCUCACCCAUUGGCAAGCCCUUCCCGGGUGCUGCGCAGUACAACCUGAACGCCACGAGCAGCGGUCUCUCACCAAAGAAGACGCGCAAGAACGCACCGAUCGCGCCUGCGCAAAGAACACCUGCGCCACAAGUGGCGGUGCCAACACCGCGGGCCUCUCUGGAGCCAAACUUGAACCCGGACGAGGUUGAUGACGACGACGCCAACGAGCUCCCAGCGCUGUCGUCGGUCGUCGAGUGCAAUGAACUCGACGCGCAAUCGGCAUUUGUCGAGACGGAGAUCCCGGCCAUCAUCGAGUGCGAGAGCCAAAUGAUCUACUUUGACGGAAGUGUGGACGCCAACAACAUUCCCGAAGCGCCGUCCCUGCUCACGACGACACCAGUCACGACUGCCGCACUGGAAAUGUCGGUCAUCAUAUCGACACCAGAAGCGAUCACGCUGCCACCGGCGACGGCGUCUUCUGAGAAACACCUUGGACUCCAAAAUGUGGUCGAGGAAGACAACCAAUUUGUGGUUGCUGCGCCGUCCACCUUUGAUUCUGGCGAGGGCCGAUACGACCUCCUGGGUGGGAACCAGGUCGACGACAGCUUCGACAUUGAUGAAGUUUACGAGCGCAACUGUGAACGCAAACUGCUGCUUCAUAAAAUGACGGCCGAGCCGCACCACUUGGAGAGCCUCGUAUCGACGUUCAAGGCCGUUGGCUCCCGACGGACUUCGCGACCGGUCGAGAAUGAGCGCAUGCUUGGGAGCUCGACGUGGCUGCAGGAAACCCCGCGCUGGCUCACGCCAAGUCUCUAGCACCGUAAUUUACGAAAGAAAAACGUUCCAAAAUACCGUUCCG